UUUCUCACAGUGCCAGUGGACUCAAGACUCCGCGAAAGGAGUCAAAUAACAUUGUUGCACGAGGAUUUUAAGUACGUACAAAGAGUUUUAAAUCAUUGACGAUUAAAAUUGAAUUACACGCUACGGAUAACGAUGGAUGGAAGUUCUAUGGAAGAAAUUAAGCAGCUAAUCAGGUCGCUUGCGAUAUCAGGUGCAACAAAUGGCUUAACUGCUAAAGAUCUAGCAAACGAUUUCAAAAAGAUGGAAGGUUUUGACCUGCCUUAUCAACGGUUAGGAUUCCGUUCAGUUGACCAGUUCCUGCAUACUCUUAAAGACACGGUUAAGGUAAUUGGGAAUGGCCCGACCGCACUCGUACAACCCGUCCUGACUGAUAGCAACAAACACAUUCGAAAACUUGUUGAAAGCGGCAAAAACUUUAAUGGAAAACGACGACCCAGGCAGAGCUACCCGAACACCAAUUAUCAACCUCGGAAGAGUUACAAUAACAGCAGUAAUUACAGCAAUGGAUUUUCAAAUUUUGCUAGAAGAGAAAACAUUCAAAUUGAUCAAUCUCGUAAAGUAUCCAAUAGAGAGUAUGAUUAUUGUGAUACAAAUAAUGGAAAUAGCGGAUCGGACAGCUCGGACAGCGCGCCUGUUUUUAAGAUGACGAAUGAGAAGAAACUGGAACUAGUCUGUAACUCACCAGCUAAAAUUGUUCGAGAGUUUACUCAAAAGAAACAUCAGAAAAACGAUGCUAUUCCAGAUGGGCAUGGAUUACAGAUAAUAAACUCAUUAGAAAUUCCAAAAGACGCCAUGAGUUUAGGCGAUGUUAUCGCGGAACCCAAAAUCCCGGAUUCAGUUGUUCCAAAGCAGUCUUUACAAAUAUUUGCAACUGAAGUGCACAAUCCCAACCGGUUCUGGUUCCAUAUGGGCGGUUGUGUGGAAAAGAUUGACGAGCUGAUGAACGAUAUUGAAACAUUUUAUACACAUCUUCAACGGGAGGAGUGGCGAAUGCAGCCAUCUAAUGUCGUGGUCGGUAUGUACUGUGUGGCAAAGUUUCUCGGUUUGUGGCAUCGAGCAAGGAUCGUAAGCGAAUAUGCACAUAAUCAUGUGAAGUUAUUUUACAUUGACUAUGGAACUGUGGCAGAGCUUGAGUUGAAAGAUAUUAAAUACAUGGCCAAGUGCUUCGCCAGUCUCCCAGCACAAGCUAUGCGUGCUUCUCUCGCCUAUGUCAAACCGGUUAAUCAUAGAUGGUCUCGAGAUGCCUCCUGGUCGCUGCUGUCGCUUGUGUACGAGAAAAUUUUAUAUGCAUACAUUGUGGACGUUGAUAGAAAGACGAAUGUGGUCGAUGUGGUUCUGAUUGAUACUUCUGGGCCACAAGAUAUCGUUGUUAAUCAGCAACUUUUCGUGAAAGGACACGCUAUUUGGGAGGACGAUUUGCAUUACAAAGAUAAAAGCACAGAAGAGUUCCGUAAUCGCAUCAAGUCGUACUGCGAAUUGUUUCCCCGUUUUGAAGACAUUGAAAAUGCAAAAUAUCCUGCCUUGUUGGAGCUUGGAGAAUUUCAAUCCGAAGGAUUCAAUUUUGAUCACUAUUACACACAAUCACUGCGCACAAACUCCGACUACACGCGGCACAUUGUGCAAAAGACAUUCAACAUCUCAUCGAAGUUGAUAAUUCAACAGGACAUUAAACCAUUCGAAACACAUAGCUCUAACCAGGAAUGUGAGCGGAACUUUUCCGAGGAAACCGACUUUGAGAGCCAACAACAGCAGCGAAUGUUUCAGCGGUAUAUUAAACCAUUUGAUGCACACAGUUCUGACCGGGAACAUGAGCGAAACUUUUCCGAUGAAGUCAAUUUUGAGAACCAACAGCAGCAACAACAAACGUUUUCGUUUGCCAAAGUAUGCGAAACGUACCUGUCACAGAAUACCGUUUAUUUCCUAAAUGCGAGUGAAGAUUCAUCUGGAAUUUCAUCUGUGACAAACAAGGCGAAGCGGAAGCAGGUGAGAUUCAUGGAACCAGACAAGUAAGAAACGACAUCCUAUGUUAGACUGGAAAAAGGCAACCCUUAUGAAUUGGUUAACUAAGUGGAAAUAGGCUUCAAACCUAUUUGAUGUAAAGUUUCGAAACAGUUUUUCUCGUUAUCGUUUUGUGUACAGAUAGUUUAUUGAAAAAUGACAAAAAAAAGGUCUGAAUAUUA